AUGAGCGCCUCUGAAACAACGUCGUCGUCGACCGGUGCCGCGAGCACGAAACGUGAAGAGUCGACCACGUCGAGGCAAGCUGGCAAUGGAGCUGUCCGCAAUUCCACUGGAACCACGAAAGGGAAGAGGAGGAGCAAGUAUCGACAUGUGGCGGCCUACCACUCUCAGUUGCGAAAUUCGAGUCUUAGUCGAGACUCGGAUGUUACAACGAGCUUUCUUGGGUUUCGAAAUCUCAUGGUGAUCGUCCUAGUGGCGAUGAAUCUUCGUCUGAUAAUUGAGAAUUUCAUGAAAUAUGGCGUCCUUAUCUGUAUCAAAUGUCACGAUUAUCGAAAACAAGAUGUCGUCCUUGGGUCAAUCCUCUUCGCUCUCGUCCCGUGCCAUCUCUUCGUUGCAUAUAUCAUUGAACUAGCUGCAGCGCAGCAAGCCAAGCACAACACUGGUCGAAAGAAGAAGGAUCUUUCAGUGGAAGACACGGAGCGCGAGCAACAGGCCUUCCGGGCAACCUGGCGCUACACGGCGUUUUUCCAUACCGUGAACGCCACUCUAUGCCUAGCGGUGACGAGCUUCGUUGUGUACUUCUAUAUCAAUCAUCCCGGGAUCGGCACGCUCUGCGAGCUCCACGCAAUCAUUGUGUGGCUCAAGAAUUGCUCUUAUGCGUUCACCAAUCGCGAUCUUCGGCAGGCGAUGCUCAAUCCCUCCUCAGAAUCCGCCCUUCCAGAGAUUUACUCUUCAUGCCCGUAUCCCCAGAACAUCACGCUUGGAAACCUCACCUACUUUUGGUUAGCACCUACCCUUCUUUACCAACCAGUUUAUCCCAGAUCGUCGCAUAUUCGGUGGUCCUUUGUGGCCAAACGUCUGGCCGAGUUCUUUGGUCUGGCCGUCUUCAUCUGGCUUCUAUCAGCUCAGUAUGCCGCUCCAGUCUUGCGGAAUUCGAUUGACAAGAUUGCUGUCAUGGAUAUUGCAUCGAUCCUGGAGCGAGUCAUGAAAUUGUCCACCAUUUCGCUUGUCAUCUGGCUGGCUGGAUUCUUUGCGCUUUUCCAGGCACUACUGAAUGCAUUGGCGGAAGUGAUGCGAUUCGGAGAUCGCGAAUUCUAUACGGACUGGUGGAAUAGUCCCAGUCUGGGCGCGUACUGGCGGUCCUGGAACCGGCCUGUGUACCUCUUCAUGAAGAGGCAUGUGUUCUCGCCGUUGAUCGGAAGAGGCUGGAGCCCUUUCACUGCAAGCUUCAUGGUCUUCUUCCUCUCCGCUAUUCUGCAUGAGAUGCUGGUCGGAAUACCAACUCACAAUUUAAUCGGUGUCGCAUUCGCGGGAAUGAUGUUUCAGCUGCCAUUGAUUGCUGUUACCGCUCCAUUCGAGAAGGUCAAUGAUGCAUUAGGUACGAUCACUGGAAACUCGAUUUUUUGGGUAAGCUUCUGCCUUGUUGGCCAACCUCUUGGUGCACUUUUGUAUUUCUUCGCAUGGCAGGCCAAAUACGGCAGUGUGAGCAAGAUAGGCGUUUAG